AUGGCAUUUGGAGACGGUAGUGAUAAAUUAGUGCCUGCAGCAAAUUUGUCACGAUGGAACACCUGUCGUGAUGACCAGUUUCGUUCCACAUAUGUCGUAUUCCUUGGUCUCCUCUAUCAUACCCGGUCGUUGCAUUCCUGGAAGGAGAAAAUGGGAGAGGGAGGAGGUUAUGGGGUCGUUAUUAUGUUGUUGCGCUUCGGUGGCCAUACAACAUGCUAUGGAAUGCUACCGUCGUGCUUUAGUAAUAUGUAG